AUGCACCUGCCCGGCUGCGCGCCAGCCAUGGCCGACGGCAGCUUCGCGCUCGCCGGCCACCUGCUCCGCGGCCCGGGCGCCAACCCCGCGCGGCUGCACAGCAUCGAGGCCAUCCUGGGAUUCACCAAGGACGACGGACUCCUCGGCUCAUUCCCGGCGGAGCGCGACUCCCGGAGCGACAAGGAGCGGGAGCGGAGGCCUGGCGCGCGGGCCGCCCACCCCCAGGAGCAGGGAGGCGGUGUCGAAGCCUCUCCGGUGCCCGGCCCCGAGUACGAAGCACCUCGCCCCUACUGCCCCAAGGAGUCCGGGGAGACGCGGCCGAGCCCCGGGCUGCGGGUCGGGCCUGCAAACGGCGACGCGAAGCUGGCGGAGGAGGAGCCGCCCAAAAAAAAGCACCGCCGGAACCGCACGACCUUCACCACGUAUCAGCUGCACGAACUGGAGCGCGCGUUCGAGAAAUCCCACUAUCCCGACGUGUACAGCCGCGAGGAGCUGGCCGGGAAGGUCAACCUCCCCGAGGUCCGGGUCCAGGUGUGGUUCCAGAAUCGACGCGCCAAGUGGCGGCGUCAGGAGAAGCUGGAAGUGUCGUCCAUGAAGCUGCAGGACUCGCCCCUGCUCUCCUUCCGCCGCUCCCCGCCCUCAGCGGCCCUGGCGCCCCUGGGUGCGGGCCCGGGCGGUGGCGGGGGGCCGGCAGGGGGCGCCCUGCCGCUGGAGUCGUGGCUUGGGCCGCCGCUGCCGGCAGGGGGCGCCACGGCGCUGCAGAGCCUGCCGGGCUUCGGGCCGCCGGUGCCCAGUCUGCCCGCCAGCUACACGCCGCCGCCGCCGCCGCCCUUCCUGAACUCGCCGCCGCUGGGCCCCGGCCUGCCCCCUCUUGGGCCGCCGCCCCCCGCCUACCCGUGCGCGCCGGGCUUCGGGGACAAGUGCCCGCUGGACGAGGCGGACCCGCGCAACAGCAGCAUCGCAGCGCUGCGCCUGAAGGCCAAGGAGCACAUCCAGGCCAUCGGGAAGCCGUGGCAGGCCCUCUAG